AUGGAAAACGGGAAGAACACCAUGGAUAACGUUAAAGAGGCAAAAUUCGAUGAAAAUUGUACUAACCAUGAAGAGGACAUGGAAAUUACUUGCAGAGGAAACUUAACCCCUUAUUUCGAGGCUUGGGAUCACAGUAUAUGCAAAGUUCAUUUGUCAAAGGUACCGCAAAUAUGCAAAGAUGAACCAUGUCAGCUUGGCAUUGAUGAGGCUGGACGUGGACCAGUCCUCGGACCCAUGGUUUAUGGAAUCUGUUAUGCACCUCUGUCUAAGAAACAGCUUCUCGUUGAUCUGGGUUGUGCAGACUCGAAAAUUUUAACAGAGGAGAAGAGGGAUGUAAUUUUUGACAAGAUUUGUGAGCAACAUGAAGCAAUGGGCUGGGCUGUGGAUGUGAUAUCACCUAGUAUCAUUGCAAACAGCAUGUACAGACGCACUAAGACAUCUCUGAACGAGGUGUCCAUGAAUUCCGCGAUUCAGCUGGCUAAGAAGAUUAUCCAGAGUGGUGCACAGAUUACUGAAAUCUAUGUGGACACAGUAGGCAGUCCAGAGAAGUAUCAGGCCAGGUUGCAGCAAAUUUUCCCAGAUGUGAAGAUCACAGUUGCAAAGAAGGCUGAUUCCACCUACCCUAUUGUUAGUGCUGCCAGUAUUUGUGCCAAAGUUUCACGUGACCAUGCUAUAAGAGCCUGGCAGUUUUGCGAAGGUGAUAUAGAAAGUGAGUAUGGCAGUGGUUAUCCAAAUGAUCCAGAGACCAAGAAGUGGCUAUCAGAGAACGUGGACCCUGUGUUUGGGUUCCCACAUAUUGUCAGGUUCAGCUGGUCUACGGCUGAAAAGAUCCUGGAGUCAGAAGCCUUGUCGGUUGAGUGGGAAGAUCUAGAAGACACAGAGCAUCGUGGUGAACAGAAGAUAUCUAAUUUCUUCACUCGGUCACCAGCCAAGACUUGCCAGUCCAGGAAAAAGCGACACCAAUUCUUUACUGAGAGAUGUCUCUUCAAUACUUCUGUCUUGUGAUGUUUCUAGUUUACAAUGUGAAUUUUUACAUACACACAG